UCUCGGGAGCCAGGUCCGGCCGCGCGCGAUGGGGCUCGAUCGGCUUGCGGGAGCCUAGGGGGCGCGGCGCCAUUCGUUCGCCAUUCGCGGAGGGAGCCAUUUUCCCCGGUUCAUCCCCUUCUGCCCAAAUCUCCCGAUUGUUUCUUUGUCGUGUUGCAAUCGCGCUGCUAGCUGCUAGCCCCCAAAUCGCGAGAUCCAGCUCGCCGGGCCUUUUGCGGACUGUCCCCGUCAAUCGCUCUCAAAUCCGCGCUCCUUUUUCCCUCGGAGAAAAAUCUGAUCCCCGCUCCCCACCACCACCAAACCACGAGAUCCGCCGCUGCAUUGGCCGGGGCCUGCUCGCAUUCCGCGAAUCUUGAUCCGAGGGGCCGCAGGCGCGGCAGCCGCUGGCCGGAGAUGACGUCGCCGGCGACGACGCCAUACACCUCGCCGUUCGUGCUCUCUUUGCUCCUGCUCAUAUCCAUCCCCGUCGUCUUCCUCCUCGCGCCGCGCCUGCUCCCGCCCAAGACGCUCCCGGCCAUCCCGGACGUCGACGAGUCCGACGACCUCGCCCUCUUCCGCCGCGCCAUCCUCUCCUCCUCUUCGGCAACCCCAGCGCCACCCACCUCCGCCGCCUCCUACUUCUUCCGCCGCCGCCCGGCACCCAAGAUCGCCUUCCUCUUCCUCACUAACUCCGACCUCGUCUUCUCACCGCUCUGGGAGAAGUUCUUCCGCGGCCACAAGAACCUCUUCAAUCUCUACGUCCACGCUGACCCCUACUCCGUCCUUGAGCUGCCGCCCACACCUUCCUUCCGCGGCCGCUUCGUCCCCGCCAAGGCCACGCAGCGCGCCUCCCCCACCCUCAUCUCCGCGGCACGCCGUCUCCUUGCCACAGCACUCCUAGAUGACCCCAAUAACCAGUUCUUCUCGCUCCUCUCGCAGUCCUGCAUCCCGCUCCACCCUUUCCCCACCCUCUACAAUGCCCUCCUCUCUGAAACUGCUGGCCCUCAUAGCCGCCACCGCAGCUUCAUAGAGAUAAUGGACAACAUGGACAAUGACACCACGCUGCUGCACGACAGGUACUAUGCGCGAGGUGAUGACGUGAUGCUCCCGGAGGUUCCAUAUGACCAGUUCCGUGCUGGAUCGCAGUUUUUUGUGCUCACAAGAAGGCAUGCCAUCAUGGUGGUGAGGGAUAUGCGGCUUUGGAAGAAGUUCAAGCAACCCUGUCUAAUCAAACGCAGGGAUUCAUGCUAUCCGGAGGAGCACUACUUCCCCACAUUGCUUGAUAUGCAGGAUCCUGAGGGUUGCACCAAGUAUACCUUGACGAGGGUAAAUUGGACAGAUUCAGUGGCAGGCCACCCACACAUGUACGAGCCUGGAGAGGUAUCGGCGAGCUUGAUCAGGGAGCUGAGGAAGUCGAACAACACACAUUCAUACAUGUUUGCCCGCAAAUUUUCUCCCGGGUGCCUUGAGCCGCUGAUGGAGAUUGCUGAUUCAGUCAUCCUACGGGAUUAGGCCUGAAGCAACCACCAUUUCACGGUGUCAGAGUUUGUACACUGAAAUGAAUGAGGCAUUGAAGAAAUGCUUGAGCGCAAUGCUGUUUUCACCCCCACUGUGAUUCGAUGGACAGACAAGUAGCUGUCCAUCUCUGCCCUCUAAAACCUUCUCGAGGAACAACAUAGCCCCUUCUUGGAAUUGCUUUCUUCAUUAUUCUUUACAUGGGAGGAUGCGCUCUUGCUUGGAGAGGAGUAUGUAUAGCCACGGAUAGUCCCUUUGUGAGACUGAGUGGUACUUUGAAUGCAACAGUUUCUUGUCAAGUGACAGAGCAGUAGUUAGUGUGAUCAUCCUAUGUAUUACAUGGAGCCACUUGUGAAUACAUGCAGUGAUGGUUUGUAGAUUGUUGAAUAUAUACCAAUUACAUGUUUUAUUAUAAGUU